AUGGUCACAGUUUCAUUCAAUAUCUGGUGCUCAAAUGCUUUGAAUGGAAAUUCCUCGCUUGUGGUUAUAUCCAAGGAAAAGAACGUCCGUGAGAAGGACAAUGAGAUGAAAAGAAAGGGAGAGAGCUCGCAGCAGACCGACAAGAAUCUGUUCAUGUAA